AAGAAGGCCCAGUCAUCACACAGGUCGGAGAUGUUUCCCUGGAAAAGAUUUUCAAAACCUGGAACCCAAACAAGCUCCAAGAUGCGUCCGACUGAUGGUAAUAUACGCACGUGGAUGAAGAAAGUCGAGAUGGCUUCGGAGUUCGCUGUAUCUGAGGUGUUUUCAUCUCAGAAACCUCAUGCUGGUAAACCAAGGCGUGCUGCAGCCCUGGAAAGCAUGGACCAGCUCCAGGACCAUGAUGAUGCAUACAGCGAGGCUCAGAUUAUUCUUGAUGAUUGGAUGAAGAAAAAGCUGCGCCAAGAGCUUGAAAUGGAUGAGGAAGAGGAAGAGCAGAAGAGUGAAGAGGAACCUGAAAGGCUAAACUACAGAAACUUUCACGAUAUAUAUUCCCAGCUUGAGCCUCAAGAUGAGAGCUUUGAGGUGCACCACUUCCUCCAGGACUUGAUGGAAACAGACCUGAUGGACUGUGAGACGGUACAGAGCCUCUGUCAGGACACGGACAAGGAAAAGAAAAGAGGCCUUGACCCGACAGUCGCCAUGGAGAUGCGCCACAAGCAGGUAAAGGAGCGGCGUUCGCAGAGGGAAGCAGCACGGAAACAGCAGCACAGGGAGCAGGAGGCUCGGAGGGAGGCGCUGGAGAAGGCUAAGCAGCUAGAGAGCAAGGAGCAGAGGAGGAGGGAACAGGAAGCUCGGAGACAGGAGGAACUUUUGCAGCAGGAAGUGGUGCGUCUGCGCAGAGAGAUGCAGGAGAAGAGGAGCAUGCAGCAGAAGGCACGAAAGAGAGAAAAAGAGACAAAAGAGAAAAAGAUCACCGUCAAGAACGCCAUAACACCAGAACCUGACGUUGUCACUCAGAGACAGCUGUGCCACAGAGAGCAAGUAGUAGAGGCCAAAGCCCACAUUCUCAACCUGCAGUGUAUGCAGAAGCACUUCUACAUCUGGUACUCAGUGGUGUUGGAGAAAAGGGUGCAGGUUGUUAAAGCAGCAGCAUUUUGUGAUUGGAGGAGGCAGCUGAGGGCGUGGCGGGUGUGGAGGGUGCUGUUGUGGGUGAGGAGAAGAGACAGAGAAACUGAGAGGAUGGAGGAGGAACUGAGGCUGGAGAACAGACGCUGUCAGCUAGCAGAGCAGAGCAAUCGAAGGCGGCUCCUGAGGCGCUGCCUGAACGAUUGGAGAUUGUGGUGCCGAACAGAGAAAGAUCGAAAGAAGCUAUUUAGCCAGCGGGAGGAAACCAGGCGGAAAAUGGAGGCCCUGAUCGAUGCAGCUGCUUCAGGGAAACUAACAAAACGCAACUGCACUGAACCACCAAUAACAGUCCAGCCAGAGAACGUGAACCAAUCAGAAACCACCGCUCAGCUGGCACAGGCACCGGUACAAAGAGCCACCUCAGCUCCAACUCUACCCACACUGACUGACAGGACGACAGCCCCGCCCAUUCAGGCCUGGCAAAUGACUCGUCAUCACACUGUACUCUCUUUAGCUGAGGUUCAGGAGGGACGGAGAUUGAAGGGUGCCACCCGCUGUCAGAGUGCCGAGAUGCCCGGCGGACGGUUUGAGCAUCGGCACGCGGCUCAGCAGAAAACCAUCGCAGAGCAGAAUCGCCUUCUUAAAGAACAGCAGGACAUUAUCUCUGAGCUUCAAGAGAGACAGAAACUUCUGGAACUCAAACAGGAAGCAGAAAAGGUUGAACAGCUCACCGUCCAGCUCAAACCCUCAGCAUCUCAGAGUGUUAUCAAGACCAGCCCCAGAUCAAAAGGAGCCUCGGAUGAAAGCGGCACCGGUCGUCCGGCCCCCAAAGAAUACGACAGUCGUCUGGCCAGCCGUCAUCCUGCAGUACGAGCCAUGGAACAGCGAGCUCAGCAGCGUGCGGAGCGCAGGAGGGAGGUGGUGGAGAUGAUGAAAAGGCGGAAGGAGGAGAAGCUGGCGCAGAUUAAGGCGGAUGAGGAGGAGAGACUGAGGAAGGAAGAGGAGGAGAAGCGUGAAGCGGUAGAAAGGAGGAAGGAGGAGAAAAGACUGAAGAAGGAGAGGGAGAUUGAGAAGCAGAUGAGAAAAGCGCUGGAGCAAAAGUUGUUCCAGCAGGCAAGAGAUCACUACAAACGUUCCCUGAUGCUACACAGAGGAAUGACACCGUGGAGGCGACUGGUAGAGCAGAGCCAUGCCAAUGCACAGAAAGCAGAGGAGCAUCACGCACAGGUUCUACAGAGACGCUGCCUUCUGUUUUGGCUCCAUACAACAAGCGAGGCCCUGGCGGAGAAAAGAAGACGUGCAGAUCAACUGUACGAGGGCAUUCUGGUCUGCCGAGCUCUAUACGGCUGGAAAAUGUUUAUGUAUAUACAGUCUGAACUAGAGGUACGAGCUGAGCAUUUCUACACGAUUCGGACUCAGAGGAAAGCGUUUAAGGUUCUGAUGGAUCACGCAAUCCAACAGAGACUGGAUGCCUGGGACAGAGAGACAAAGGCUGAUGAGCACAGUGCCAGGCGAGUGUUGAGGAGAUGCUUCUCUGCUUGGCGGCGUCUCCCGGAGAUGCUGCAGGAGGAAAGACGACGAGAGGAGCGGAGAGAUCGACUCCGACACAAAGUGUCUGAGAUCCUCCCGGACUUCCGAGCCUCACCGCUGGACGCCAUGUGGAGCCUGGGGUCACACAACUAA